AUGGAAAAAUUAAUACCAUUCAUUAAUGAUCUGCACGAUAUCCUGAGUUAAGCAGGAUUGAGCAGCGAAUUGAAUUUGCCUUCAAUAGUUGUUAUUGGGUCUUAAUCAGUUGGAAAGUCCUCUCUUCUUGAAAGUAUUGUUGGCAGAGAGUUUUUGCCAAGGGGUAAGGGGAUUGUGACAAGAAGACCGAUCGAGAUUCAAUUGCAUUAGGUUUUGGAUGCGGAGCUGGGAUGGUUUGAAUUUAUGGAUAAGAAAGGAGAGAAGAUAUUCGAAUCAGAAGAUAUACGGAAAUUAAUAGAGUCAGAGACGGAUAAGGUGGCAGGGAAGAAUAAGGGGAUAUCGCCUGCGCCAAUUAAAGUGAAAUAUUUUUCAAAAGACAUCCUUGAUCUCUAACUAAUUGAUUUGCCAGGAAUAACAAAGAAUCCAGUUGGGGAUCAACCACUGGAUAUAGAAUAGAAGGUUCUGGACAUUGUGAUGCCGUUUAUCAACAAUUAAAAUAGUCUGAUAUUGGCAGUGUCCAAAGCAUCUGAUGAUUUAGCAACGUCAGAUGGGUUGAAAUUGGCGAGAAGUGUUGAUCCCAAUGGUGUAAGAACUAUAGGAGUGAUAACUUAAUUGGAUCUAAUGGAUGAAGGGUCUGAUGCUUUAAAUGAUCUGCUUAAUCAAACGUAUCCAUUGUAGUUGGGAUACGUGGGGGUAAUAAUGAGAGGGCAGAAGGAUAUCCAGAAGAACAAGACCAUUUUUGAGCAGCUAAAAGACGAAAAGGCAUUUUUUGAGAAUCACAAGUUGUACAAAAAGUAUUCUGAAAAGAUGGGUGUUAAUUUCUUGGUGAAGACUCUGAACAUGAAUUUUAUUCAACAUAUCAAGAAGGCUUUACCAAUUAUCAGAGAAACCAUUAUAAGUUUAGUGUAAAUAAAGGAAUUCGAUCUCAAGUAGUAUGGAGACUAUGACAAUUUGGAGACUAAGGAGAAUAAGAACUUGCUUGUUUUGACUUUAAUAUCAAAAUUUUCCAGUUCUUAUAAGGACAUGCUGGAAGGGAGAUGUUUGGAUAUCACAAGUAAGGAAUUGAUUGGUGGAUCUAGAAUAAUUUAUGUAUUCAAUGAAACUUUCAGGAGAACCAUAUAGAGAAUGAAUCCAUUUGAUGUUUUAAGUGAUGACGAGAUAAGAACAGCAAUCAAGAAUGCAAAUGGAAUUAGGCCAACUUUAUUUGUUCCUGAAGGAGCAUUUGAAUUAUUAGUAAGAUAGCAGAUUUCAAGAUUGAGAAUGCCUUCAAUUGAAUGUUCUCAUAUCGUAUUUGAGGAGUUGAGGAGAGUGAUAAACUAGAUUUCGAUUCCAGAGAUAGAGAGAUUUGAUACUCUGGCUAAUAGAAUUUCGGAAGUAAUUGAAAAUCUUUUAAACAGAUGUUUGAGAUAGACUGAGGAAAUAAUAUCCAGUUUGAUUGAUAUUGAAUUGGGGUACAUAAAUACAAGUCAUCCAGAUUUUGUAUCUGGGAUGGACAUGGUGCAUAAGGAUGAACAAAGAUAAUAAUAAUAAAUGUAAUAAUAAUAGAAGGAAAAGUCUCCUCUGUAGAGUGAGAAUGAGUCCAAUAGGUUCUUCAAUUUCUGGCCAUUCAAAAAUAACAAGCAGACUGAGUUAUAUGAUAGCAAAUUGGACAAUUUGAAUAAGAAGAGGAAAUCCAACAUCAUCAAUCAGAAGCAGCAAAAGUUAUAAUAGGUAGAGGAGAGUCAGAUCCUGUAGCAGCAAUCGGUGAUCAAUAAGAUCGUGUCUGUGAAUCAGCAGUAUUUUGUGAAUGACCCAAAAAGACAGUUGCCUCAGGUUCCAAAUACGAUCAAGAUCACCGACAGACCGUCGAAGAGAGAGCAGACAGAGAUGGACAUGAUUAAGGAUUUGUUGGUUUCGUACUUCAAUUUGGUGAAGAAGAACAUUUGCGAUUCAGUUCCGAAGACUAUCAUCACGUUUUUGGUGAAUCAAUCGAGGAACUUUUGUGAAAGGGAAUUGAUUGGGAUGUUGUACAAGCAGGAAUUGGUGGAUGAAUUGUUGUAGGAGAAUCAAUUCAUACAGAAAUCACGAGCGGAGACAAAGUAAUCUUUGAUUAGCUUGAGGACUUGUUUGAAUUUGUUGAAUGAUUUGGAUUCUAAAUUCUGAGAUAAUUUAAUAAUAAAAUUAAUUGAAAUUCGUUAAAAAACACAUAUUA